AUGAAUUUAAUGCGCAAAUUGCGAGGGGCAUCAGCCUCUACAUCUUCAGAUUCUGAGAGCUCCAAUUCUUCGUCACACGUUCAGCUUGGCCUUAUGCAUUUGAAAAAGCUUUUCGCGGAAUAUACCCAUCCAUCACAGCCUCUUUCAGAGUCUGAAAAAGAUGACAAACUAUACAACAUGCUUCCUCUCUUCUGUAAGGUAUUUGGAACAAGUCCUUCAAGUGAGAUGAAUGAAAAGUUCUGGGAUAUUCUUUCAUUCUGCCAGCAAGUUUCAAAACUUAUGGUAUCGGAGAUAAGAAAAAGAGCAAGCAAUCAAAGCACUGUGGCCGCUAGUUGUGCAAUUGCAAAAUUUUUGGAAAUUGAGAAUUCAGAAGAGUCAAGCAAUGGAUGGAUGUUAUUAUCGACAUUAAAUCUUUUAGCUGCAGGAGAUCAAUCGUUGAUUCAGGUCAUGACAACAGCAGCUAUACCAUCAACAUUAGUUAAAUGUCUGUAUUUGUUUUUUGAUCUUCCUGAAAUACCUGAUGCGGAGGCUGAUGUUCAAGAUGAAAAUAGUGAUUUUACUCCAAGGGAGAGAAGAAUUCUGCUUCAAAAGAUUUUUGUGCAGGUAUUAGUCAGGCUAUGUAGUCAUCCCUUCCCCUGUGAGGAACUUGCGAGGAAAGACGAUUUGAGUCUUUUAUUCUCUGCUAUUACAUCUUGGUGUGCACCACACAACAUCAUGUGGAGAAAGUCUGCUGCUGAGGUGUUAAUGACACUAUCUAGACAUGGACUCACACAAUCAGUUGUGCAGUAUAUACAUAAUAAGGGAUGUGUGGCGCUUUGUAUAGAAAAUAUGCAGAGAAUACCAGAGUUGACUCCAUUGGAGGUCGUGGAGAUGUUUGUAGCAGUAUUCUGCUUUCUAAAGGAUUCCAGUGAAGUAAGUCAAUUACUACUAGAUGACUUUCGCUCCUGCCAAGGAUAUUUAUUUUUGUCUGAGUUUUUACUGAAACAUGAGAGACAAGAUGUACCUGAUUAUUUGACAUCAGGGUUAGAAGAGGAACGAGUGAGUGGCACUGAAGCCAAGGCUGCACUGAGAAAUCUCGUUCUAAUGAUCUCUUCACUAUGUGCAUGUGGUUUUUCCGAGUUGCGACCCACCCGAGCAAAUACGGAGCUGUUUCAACUGCAAGGUUUCGUUUUGCCCCAACCAUCCACUCCCGGACAAGCCGUUAGGAAUGUACAAGCUUUUCAGGUACUACAAUCGGUAUUCAUAAAGUCAACAUCAGCGGCUCUCUGCUGCACGAUCCUUGACGCAAUAUCAAGUGUAUAUCACGCGGACAACGCCAACUACUUCAUUCUGGAGAAUCAGAACACGCUGAGUCAGUUCUCCGAAAGGAUCUAUACCAAGAACUCUGAAAUACAAGAGAAGUUCUUCGAGCUGUUGGAGUUCAUAGUUUUCCAGUUGAAUUUUGUGCCCUGCAAAGAGCUCAUAUCGCUCUCUCUGCUCCUAAAAGCAAACAAAUCUAGGAGCUGUAGUAUUCUUUGCAUGAAAACUUUACUGAAUAUCCUGAAACACAACACAAUAUUUAAAGAUGUGUAUAGAGAGGUGGGGAUGUUGGAGGUUUUCGUCACCUGCCUGUCCCGAUAUGCCGCCUUCCUAAAAGAUAAGCAAAUACUCGAAGAAGAGAAGAGGAAAGCUGAGGGUUCGGAGAACGCAUCAAACGGUUCUCCAGUAGCACCAGAACGAAGAAAGCGACUGUCCAGGCAAGAGUCUUUGAUAAAAGACCCAAACACUGACAUUGAAGAAGAAGCCUUGGGUUCAUUAGUCAUGGAGGGACUGACAGCACUGCUCAGUGGAAAUACAAAUAAUUGUAAUGUCUUCAGAGAUUGCGGUGGUGCCAAAUGCGUUCAUGGCAUGGUUGUGCAUGAAUCUUGCAGGAACAAAGCUUUAGGUGUGAUACGAGAGUUGAUCGUGAGCGGUUCCGGUGAAGAGGACAUGUCUGCGUUGCUCUGCGGAAUGCACGCGGCACCGAAUGACGCGUUGAAUCUCAAACUGCACAUUCUCAAAGCGCUGCUGACAUGUUUACGGGAUUCCCACCGCACUAGGACUAUCUUUAGAAAAGUGAGCGGUUUCGUGUACGUAACGAGUGUGCUGGUGUCGCUCGAGGGCAAGCUUAAAGGAGACGAGCUGAUUGACCGCGACAUGUUGCAGCUGUUGCACAUUGUGUUCUACACUAUCAGCACGGCGAUGAGGUUCGAGCCUGCGAACGCGAAGUUCUUUCAUCACGAGAUUUGCAUGACAACCCUAAGUGAAACGAUAAGACUGUUGGGUUGCUUCACCACUGACACCGAGUUAUUGAACGACUCCGAGAGCGGUGAUCCGGAACUGUAUGAGGUCUUUCAUGAGAUCUUCACUGGGAGCAUCUUAGACAUGACUUUCCCAGAGACAGUGCCAGUCGUCUUUAUCCACGCCUGUAUUGUGUUGAGACUAUUAUAUGAUGUUGCGUUGGAUUCAUUCGACAAACCGACAUUUUGCGGAUCGCUUAACGUUAAAUCUCCUAGUUUGACUAGGCAGAGCUCCGCUAUUAACGAGACAAAGCCAGCGGGACGCGCGGCCCCACUGAACUUAUCUGUGGGCAGUUCAUCCGGCGAAGCGUGGGUGGUGCAUUCCGGGGUGGUGAUAGUGCUGGCCAAGCUGUUGCCAGCGCUGCCAAGGCCGGAGCAGCACGAGGACUUCGCGAGGGCUAUGCGCGAUUACCUCGCCCACGUGCUCAAGAGCCUCGUUAGGAGCGAGCGCAACCAGCAAGUGAUGUGCGGCGCAGGACUAGCGGGAGUAGUGCUGCGCGUGUGCGGCGCUGCGCUGCGCUGCGAGCGGCACCCCCUCCAUGCGCCCGCCAUGUACAUGCUCGAGCGGCUCGCCGCGCACGCGCUGCGCCCCAUCGAGCUGCGAGAAUUCCUCCGAAUGGGCAAUCCGUUGAAUUGCUUGGCACCAGAACCCGGACAAGUGUGCAAACCCGGAGGACCCGUGCCACUUACAAGGAUAAAGACUCUAGUAUCCAUGACAACUCCCAGGGAUUACAGGUCACAGAAUUCAUGCACUCUACCGCCGUUCGUCGAGUUUGAUAUGUCAGCGGAGGGCUUCGGCUGUCUCUACCUGCCUAGUAUCGCGCCGCAAUCCGCGAAUUUGAAUGCCCUCGGCACCCAGGACACCGCUACAUUGGGCGGCAUCGGUUCGGGUGACAGAGUGUUCCCGCCGCAGACGGGCCUCUCGUACUCGACGUGGAUAUGCGUGGAGAAGUACUCGGAGCCGCGCACAGACCCGCACUGCGUUCGUCUCCUGACCCUGGUGCGGAACAUCAACAACAGCCGCGACGAGCACCUGGUGUGCCUCGCGGUGGUGCUCUCCGCCAGGGACAAGGCCAUCAUUGUGUCCACGCAGGAGACGCUGGUGCCACACAACGUGGGUGAGUGGGAACCAGAAGGCUCCGGCGAGUGUGGCGCAAGAGUUUGGUGCCCGGAUUUGCAGCACGAGGGGCAGUGGCACCAUCUGGUGCUUGUGCUCAAUCGCGCCGUCCUCAAGAAUUCCUCCUUUUCCUUGUAUUUAGAUGGUCAGCACAUGCACUCGGGGAAGCUGCACUACGUGAGCGCGAACCCGGGCGGGGGUGCGGCCACGCUGUCGGGCGCCUCGAGCGUGUACUGCGUGCUGGGCACGCCGCCGCAGUGGCGCCGCUACUCGCGCCUGCUCUGGCGCCAGGGGCCCGCGUUGCUGCUCGAGGAGGUGCUAUCGGCGCAGACCGUGUCGACCAUCUACCAGCUGGGGCCGCACUACGUGGGCACCCUGCAGGCGCCGCUGCCGCCGGGGCAGGGCCAGGAGCCACUGCCGCCGCUGGUGGCCGAGGAGAAGGUGGUGUUCGGCAUCAACGCCCGCGCCCUCUCGCAGCUCACCCUGGCCAAGAUCCGCAAGGUGUACAGCAAGAACGACAACAAGGCGAUAGCGAAGCAGCUCGGCAUGUCGUCCCACGAGAACGCGACGCCCAUCAGGAUACUGCACAACUCCGCCGGCCACCUGAUGGGCCCGGCCAGGUGUCUCGGCGGCACCGUGGUGGGAUACCUGGGCGUCAGGGUGUUCUGCCCGAAGCCCGCAGCGAUCAUGAUUGACACAGUUGGUGGCUGUUCAGUAUUACUGGGUUUGAUAGCAAUGGCGCAGGAUGUGGAAUGCCUUUAUGCUGGAGUAAAAGCCCUAGUGUGCGUGGUCCGCUCGAACAAAGCAGCGCAGGCGGAGAUGGACCGCCGGAAAGGUUAUCAAACACUCGCGAUGCUCCUGAAGCGGAAGAAACAGCUGCUCAACUCGCACAUAUUGCAUCUCGUGUUCGGAUUGGUCGGGACCGUUGACAGUCAAAAAGAGACAUCUUCCAUUCCCAACUUGACGGCAUUCCAGGACUUGAUCUGCGAAAUGGAGGUCUGGCUCGGCGCGCCGGGCGGACUAAUAAAGUCCCUGCUCGAGCACCUGCUGGAGCUCGCAACGGAAACAGCGCACAGAACGCACAACCUGCGCACAAUGCGGGAGCUACAACUGGUCUCCAAGCUCCUGUACAUCAUAAACGAUGUGAAAGUCGUUAGCACGAAGAACGUACUCAUCCAGCUGUUGGCGGCCCUCCUGGGCGGGCAGCCGCGGCCCAGCGACCUCCUGUGCCUCGGCCAGUUCAUGGCCUACACCCUGCCGCUGCCGUCGCAGACAGAACAGGGCCUGAACCUGAAAGAGAGCGACUGCGAGAAAGAGAGCGAAGGCGAUCAAGUCAUUCUGCGCAACAAAUGCUUCAAUGUGCUCCACGGCCUGCUCUUCACCGCCCGGAACCUGGUCAACACGAUCGUCUGCGAGGAGAUAUCGCGCGUGCUCGGCAUGGACUGGCUACUCAGCUUCAUGCAGGAGAAUGUGCACCCGUCGACGGUUUUGUGGGCAUUGAGGAUACUCGUUAUUUUGUGCUCGGGGCAGGGACAACCGUCUGCUAUAAUGCAAAGGUUCCGCGAGGGCGCCGGCAACGGCGGUUGGCUGCGGCACACCGAGAUGAUCGCGGCCACUCAGCAAGCCGGCGUGGUGCUCGCAACUACGGUGCAUUCGCAUUCGCACCUCCACACCGGCCUGUUGCACACCUCCGGCUUCACGCUGCUCACUUGGCUGGUGCUGUCGCACCUGGAGGUGCCCGAGCUGUACUACUUGCUGUUCGGGCUGGUGCUCGGGCAGCCGAUGCGCAGCGUGAGCGCCGAGCGCGGCGUGUCCGUGGAGCGCGUGUGGGCGGCCGCGUGGGGCGCGGCGGCGCCGGCGCGCCAGUCGCCCGCCGCGCUCGCCGCGCGCAUCACGCUCUGCGCGGAGCCCGUCGUCACGCUGCUGGCGGCCGCGCGCAGCCUGGCGCACGCCGAACCCGCGCCGCCCGAAUGGCUCGCCGACCACCCGGUCGCCAUAGUGCAGGUCUUGUUUUCGCUGUACAACACAUUGCCAGACUUUGUCAGUAUAAUGAUGACCGCCGAAGUGCUUACCGCACUAGCGUCGACGCUCUUCCCACCAAACAGCUCGGACGAUAUCCAUAUGCCGAUAUGCGAGAGCGGCGACAGUUCCGGCGCAUCGACGCCCGGCUCCGAGAAGGAGGUGAUGGUGGCGAGCGGCGGCGCCCUCACCACCCACCCGGUGCGCGCUGGCGUCAUGGACUUCCUCAAGGUCAUCGUCCUGGACUCGCUCUCCCUCACCGUCACUGGGAAGACCUCGCCGAGCGCCGCACCCGCCUCUGACACAGUGCCGUCUUCAAUGUUUUGUACGCAAUGCUCCGCUCCGACGCGAUCAUACUUUUAUUGCGUGAUUGACCUAGUGCUGGACGCGUCGCCUCCUAAUUCCACCAGUCAGCAGCAAAUAGAGUACCAGACGGAGGUUUUGACAACUUUGAUGGAGAACCUUCUGAGCACGGAGCUCUUCGGAUCGGAGUCCAACAUCUCCAACGUGUGCUACCUAGCCGCUAGGUUGGUAGACAAGCUGUGGCAGGGCCAGCUGUCGAGGGAUCCUCACGAGGUGUUUGAUUUCAUUGUGAAGUUAGUAACUCAAGCCAAGAAGAAGUCAUCAGUGAUAUCGCUUGAGGGCUUACAUCAUUGUUUGAAUAGAACCAUACUCUAUCUGCUAUCACGUUCCACCGACUCCAUAGCAGACCAGAUGUCCGUUCUCGAGGCGCUGCACAAACUUACUACUAAUAGAUUGUUGAUUUUCGGCGCCGGCAAUCACGAGUUGGAGUUCAUCGGCUGUCUCACGUACUGCUUGCUGCAGCUGAGCGCGAACAUGAAGAUCGCGCUGGACUCGCACAUGCGGACAACUUGGCACGUCAACCCCAGCGGCGAUUUGGAGUCGCGGGACGACAGGCUCACGUCCCAUCAAGGUCGCAACCUGAUGGCGGGCGCGGCGCGGCGCGUGUGGGAGGAGCUGUACGCGUGCAAGAAGCCCGCCAUCGAGGAGGUGUUCAAGGUGACGCUGAGCGCGCCAGUGGGCAACGCGCGCGCCCCGGACCUGCCCGCCGCGCGCGACCAGCUCGCCGACGCCGCGCACCGCCUCUGGCUCAACUACCUGGACACCGAGCGCAAGGCCGUGUAUAGAGUCCCGUGGGAGCUCCACAAUCAAAUCCAAUCUAAGAUACAAAAGGUGACCGGUGGGCUCACAAGGUUGGCGUCGAGGACUAAAGUCAAGAAGGAGGACUCUGCGAAACAAAGACCUCAUCCACCACGUGAGCACGCCCUUGCUUAUAUGCAGGACCACGUUCAGUUAGUCAGGCAGGCGUGGUGCGUGCAGCUGCAGGCGGCGGCGAACACGGGCGCGCACACGACGCGCUACGUGCAGGCGGAGUGGGCGGGCGCGUGGCGCGAGCUGACGCGCGAGCGCGGCCUGUGGGGCCCGCCGCGCGCCUCGCCGCUCGACAAGUGGGCGCUCGACAGCACCGAGGGCCCGUGCCGCAUGCGCAAGAUGCUGCGCCGCAACCACCACUUCUACCUGCACUACCCCUACCGCCCGCAGCCGCACCCGGACGGCAAACAACUGAAGUACAAAGUAGCCCAGAGUCUCGACAGUAAAGAAUAUUAUAGAGUAUUCCAACAAUGGCGGACUGCUGGGAACAGUUUAGGGGAAACAGACGGCAUCGAAAUGGCUGACAUAGAUAUGUACAAAGAAGAAGUUACUAACGGCGUAGUCAGUCGCGGCAAUAAUCUCGCUUCUGGUGAAGCCAAUGAAGACGGCCCUGACGUUGAGGACGAGGAUGAACAGCAAUCUCCCCCACCCGAUAAUCAAACAUUGCUGCGAUUGUUGGAGCAUCACGAGAAGAUCUCGCACAUGUUCCGAUGCGCCCGCAUCCAGGGCCUCGACACCACGGAGGGCCUUCUGCUGUUCGGCCGCGAGCACUGCUACGUCAUCGACGGAUUCACCCUGCUCAAGAACCGCGAGAUCCGCGAUUUGGACAGCUGCCCAGACGACUACGAACCGAUCCUGCCCAGCCAGGGCAUACAGAGGAGCAACCAGAGGCAGUGCUCGAAAUUCCUCUACGAAGACAUUAGGGAAGUUCAUAAAAGGAGGUAUUUAUUGCAACCAAUUGCCUUAGAAGUGUUCUCCAGUGACGGUCGAAACUAUUUGCUUGCGUUCCCGAGGAAAGUGCGCAACAAGGUGUACAGCCGAUUCACCGCUCUGGCGACGGGCAUGGCGGACAGCGCGGCCGGCUCCGUGGCCGGCCAGAAGCGAGGAGUGGCAGUGGAGCAGCCCGGCGGACUCCUCGCUACGCUCAUUGGUGACACGUCCGUCACCCAGCGGUGGCUGAGGGGCGAAAUUUCCAACUUCCAAUACUUGAUGCAUCUGAAUACGUUAGCCGGAAGAUCGUACAAUGAUCUGAUGCAGUAUCCCGUGUUUCCCUGGAUACUAGCCGAUUACGACUCGCUUGAGCUGGAUCUGACAGAUCCCGCGACGUUCCGUGAUCUGACCCGACCGAUGGGCGCUCAAAGCCCUGAGAGAUUGGAGCAGUUUAGAAAGAGAUAUAAGGAAUGGGACGACCCUCACGGCGAGACGCCGCCGUACCACUACGGCACCCAUUACUCGUCGGCCAUGAUCGUCUGUUCGUACCUGGUGCGGAUGGAGCCCUUCACGCAGCACUUCCUUCGGCUGCAGGGCGGCCACUUCGACCUGGCCGACAGAAUGUUCCACUCGGUAAAAGAAGCUUGGAAUUCAGCAUCGCGUCACAACAUGGCCGACGUGAAGGAAUUGAUUCCCGAGUUUUUCUACUUGCCCGAGUUCUUAUUGAACUCGAAUAAUUUUGAUUUGGGUUGCAAGCAGUCUGGCGUGGCGCUGGGCGACGUGGUGCUGCCGGCGUGGGCGCGGGGGGACCCCCGCGAGUUCAUCCGGCUGCACAGGGCGGCGCUCGAGUGCGACUACGUAUCGCACCGGCUGCACCACUGGAUCGACCUGGUCUUCGGCUACAAGCAGCAGGGCCAGCCGGCGGUGGACGCCUUCAACGUCUUCCACCACCUCUUCUACGAGGGCAACGUCGAUAUAUACAACAUUGACGAUCCCUUGAAGAAAAACGCUACGAUCGGCUUUAUAAACAAUUUUGGACAAAUACCGAAACAGCUCUUCAAAAAAGCACAUCCGAGUAAGAAAAUGUCUCAAAGAAGUUCGACUAUACUGGAUCCAAACAAUAUAAUUCCUUCACAAGGCAUAACACCGCCCGAAAAAUUAUUCUUCCACAAUUUGGAGAAUCUUAGACCUUCUUUACAACCAGUAAAAGAAGUGAAGGGCCCCGUGGGGCAGAUCCUGUACACGGAGAAGGCCAUACUGGCGGUGGAGCAGAACAAGGUGCUGAUGCCGCCGUCGUACAACAAGUACGUGGCGUGGGGCUUCGCGGACCACUCGCUGCGCGUGGGCAACUACGACAACGAGCGGGCGGUGUUCAUCUGCGAGGCGGCGGCGCAGGCCUGCGGCGAGGUGGUGGCCUGCGUCUGCCCCUCCGCCAAGACCAUCGUCACGGCUGGCACCAGCACGGUGGUGACCGUGUGGCAGUACUGGUCGCGCCGCCGGCGGCUGGCGGUGAAGGUGUGCCUGUACGGGCACGAGGAGGCGGUGACCUGCCUGGCGGCCAGCCCCGCCUACAACCUGGUGGUGAGCGGCAGCCGCGACGGGCAGGCCAUCGUGUGGGACGUGGAGCGGGGCGCCUUCGUGCGCCAGCUGCUGCCACCGCACCGGCACGCGCCCCACCCGCCCGUCUCCGCUAUCGCCAUCGACGACCUCACGGGCGACAUAGCGACGUGCAGCGGCAGCUGGCUGUACGCGUGGUCCAUCAACGGCGUGCUUCUGGGAACAGCGGACAGCUCCUGCGGCCGCGAGCGAGCCCAGCAGCUGCUCUGUGUUGCCUUCAGCCAGACGAGGGAGUGGGAUCCCCUCAACGUCAUCAUCACCGGCUCCACCGACGGCGUCGUGCGGAUGUGGUCAAUUGACUACGUGGCUGAGACUCCUGAGGAAGAAAAUCAAAGCCUUGAAGUUGGUGUUGACGCCAUCACGGGCUCAAUGGAGGAGGGGAGUGAAGUAAAGAAAGAAGAUCAAACUAUUUCUACUCAGGAGAGCGAGGUCUCGGUUGAAAGUGAAGUGAAAUCAGAUGGUGAGACAAAGGCUGAGGGUAUUGAGUCUAGCAAGAGAGAGGCGGCCAUCAAAAGGGUAGAGGAGUUAGUAAAGCAGAUGAGUCUGUCACAAGAGACUGAAGGUCAUCUAACAAAGUCAGCGUCUGAGAGUUCACUGUCGGACGCGGGCGAAACAACCAGCGCCAAGGAGUCUGCCCGCCGCCACGAAGAGAAGGACACUUGCAGCGACAACGAGGAGCCCUACUCCCCCCAGCCAAAGCCAGAUGCAGUCGACUCCAGCGAGGAGACAAAAGAGGGGACCGAAGACCCUCAGAGCGGCGAAGGGAGCAAUGGCUCCGAAGACCCUCAGAGCGGAAAAGGGGGCAAGGGCUCCGAAGACCCCCAGAGUGGCGGAGAGGGCAAGGGCUCCGAAGAGCCUCAGAGCGGCGAUGAGAACAAAGCUGACAUCAUGCACAGGAGCAAGCUGCAGAAGCAGGGCAAUGUCGUGCUGAGGCGAAAGUCCAAGGGGAAUCUGUUGUAUCGCAAAAGCGGCGGCAGCGUGGGCGACUCUAGUGAGUCGGGCUCGCUGGAGGCAGGCACCGGCGAAGGGGAGUCGGGCCUCCGCACCAGCAAGUCGGACACGAGCCUCAGCGACUCGUUCGUGAUGCUCUCCGCGCCCGCCUCGCCGGCGCCCCCGCUCCCGCCCCACCACUCCCCCGCGCCCCCGCCCCAACGAGACGCACUCGCUGGCGAGGAUGCUGAGAGCAACGUGACCUGGCGGCGGCGCCUGGUGUUGCGCGGCAAGCUGACCAUGCACACGGCAUACGAGCGGCGCGACAACGCUUGCCCGGCGGCCGUCACCGCGGUGGCGGCGGCGCGCAGCGGCAGGGGGCUGGCGGUGGGCGAUGCGCGCGGACGGAUAUUCCGUUGGUCGGCGCCGGACAUGUCUAGCGCAUCGGGCGCAAAGGGUGGACCCGCUGAUCACUGGAUACGCGACGACACCGCCCCAUUUUGUACACAAUGCCAGGUGCGCUUCACGGCGCUGGAGCGUAGGCACCACUGCCGCGAGUGCGGCGCGGUGUUCUGCGGCCGCUGCUCGCGCUACGAGGCGCCCGUGCGCCGCCUACGGGCGCUACGACCCGUGCGCGUCUGCCAGCGCUGCCACGACAACAUACACUCCAAGCGCGAA